GGGCCGGAAGUGCUCCCUUGAAGGCAGGAAGUCCCGCCUCCCAGCCUGGCCUGCGCGGCCGCCGCGGAGCGCCACCUCCCGGGUGGAGGGAGAAUGGUCAUGGAGGCGGCACCUCGGACAGUAGAAGUAUAUACCGUCCCCUCGGGUCCGUGUAAUGAAGGUCAGUUUGAUGCGGAUUCGAAUCCCAUCUCUGCAGGCUUGCUGUUCAGUAUUAAAUUAAUUCAUUCAACAAACACUUCCUGAGUACGGAGCACUUACUAUGAACCAAGCGCUGAAUCAGUCAAACGUCCCUGGAUCCACCAACUGUUCCUUCUUUGCCCCAGCAUCCACUCUCCCUGGUUAGCACCGUCAGACCCAAAGGUGGCAAUCAAUAGCAGCAGCGGCAACGGCGACAGAUCUUCCGGACUGUGAACCGAGUGGUCACAUUUUCCUGUUCGCUGGCUCCGGACCACUCGGGGUUGGGAGAACACGUAACGGGAACCUCGUUCUCCUUCCUCCCCUCCAGACUCCUUGCUUGAAGUCCCCCCGCCCCCCGCCCAGGAAGGGCGAGAUCGCUCAACCGGGGCCCCGCAUCCUGGCCGUUGAGAUCCAGGAGGCUGGCCUUCCAAUUGGCUGGGCAGGCUGUCCGACAUAGCCCUGCAGGCUCUCAUUGGCCAGCAGCGAGGUGGGGGCGGGGCUUGCCAGGCAAAGUCCGCCGAGCCCCGUGCUCCUCACGUGAAGCCGCGCCAACGUGCGUAAAAGGGCGCAAUCAGAGCGAGAUUGGGUCAGCUGUCCCCUCGGGUCCCCGCGUUCAGCCAUGGCUUCAACAGCCAGCGCCGCCCCAGGCACGGAUGACGGCGGCCGCAGGAAGCCUCGCCUGGCGGCGUCGUUGCAAAUCAACCCCAGGCCCAGCCCCUGGCAGCCCUCAGCCAGCCUGGGCCAAGACCCCUGGGAGCCUGCGGUCGCCCCCCGUGUGGAGAACGACGACGACAGGGACGGGCAGCCCCAGGCCUCGGCAGCACUGGACGGUGGGCCCAGGGCGGGGACCGGAGUCAGGGAGCUGGGGGCAGCCCGGGCACGGGAAGACUUGGGGGCACGGAUGGGGAGGUCCCCCAGGGUCUCUGUCCUGCCCGCAGGGCCCGCCGGGGACCUCCAGAAGGCGGCCGGACAGCUGGGCCUGCAGCUCAAGGACCCGCCGCCAGGCCAGGCCGUGGCCUUGCUCACCCAGUAUGCAGCCAGUCUGGGCGUCUCCCUGGUCUUCCGAGAGGACCAGACGGCAGACCCCUGCCUCCCCUUCUCCGUGUGUGCAGAGGUGGAUGGCCUGCUCUGCCCCUCUGUCAAGGCCAGCAGCAAGCCGGAGGCCAGACAGCAGGCGGCGCUCUCCGCCCUCCGCUACAUCCGGAGUCAGCUGGGGAGCCCAGAGUCCCCAGAGACCCCCAGCAGUCUUCCACUCCAUCCUCUGAGUGUAGAGAACAUCCUGACCCACGAGCAGCGCUGCGCGGCCGUGGUCAGCGCCGGCUUUGACCGUCUGGUGGACAAGACCUCCCCAUACUGGGCCUGUAAGGGCACUGUGGCUGCGGUCAUCCUGGAGAGAGAGGUCCCCGGCGCCAGGGGCCACGCUAAGGAGGUCUACCAGCUGGUGGCGCUGGGUACAGGCAGUAGCAGCUGUGCCCGCCGGCUGCAGUUCUCGGGCCGGCAGCUCCACGACGGCCACGGGCUGGUGGUGGCCCGCCGGGCCCUGCGCAGGUUCUUGUUCCGGCAGCUCCUGUUGGCGACACAGGGUGGCCCUAAGGGCAAGGAACGGUCGGUACUGGCCCCCCAGCCUGGGCCCGGGCCCCCCUUUGCCCUCAAGCCCCGGAUCUUCCUGCACCUGUACAUCAGCAACACCCCCAAGGGAGCUGCUCAUGACAUCUACCUCCCACCGUCCGCUGAGGGCAGCCUCCUGCACAGCCCGUCCUCCCGCAUGCAGGCCCACAUCUGCGGGGAGCUGAGGCCCGUGAGCUACGUAGCGCCCGCCCUGCGCGACACCCACGUGGGCUGCCUCUCCACCAGCGACAAGCUGGCACGCUGGGUCGUGCUAGGGCUGGGUGGCGCCCUGCUCGCCCACUUCCUGCCUCCCCUCUACGCCACCAGCCUGGUCCUGGCCGACCCCUGCCACGACCCCCCAACUCUGAGCAGGGCCAUCCACACCCGGCCCAACCUAGACGGGGUCUUGGGGCCCUAUGCCCGUACCACGCUGCACCUGUUUGCAGGGCCCCCUGUGGCCCCCUCGGAUCCUACCCCCAGUGCCUGCCAUGGCCUGAGCCUCAACUGGAGCCUGGGGGACACCGACGUUGAGGUUGUGGAUGUGGCCACCGGGCGUGUGAAGGCCGAGACCUCCCUUGGGCCUCCCUCCCGCCUCUGCAAGGCAGCCUUUCUCCGGGCCUUCCGCCAGGCUGCCAGAGCUCUCGGGAAGUCCUGCCUCCUGGCCUUGAAGACCUAUGAGGCAGCCAAGGCCGGACCCUACCAGGACGCUCGCAGGCAGCUGUCUCUCCUCCUGGACCAGCAGGGCCUGGGGGCUUGGCCCUCAAAACCACUCGUGGACAAAUUCAGAGACUGAAACUGACCUGCUGAAGCGGACGAGGUCCCCGAGCCAAGCUGGACCCUGCUGUCUCUGGGGAAG